AGAUGAAGAAGGAGGAGACGGUGAAGCUCAUCAGCGCCGAGGGCUUCGAGUUUGUUGUCGACAAGAAAGCUGCCAUGGUCUCCCACACGAUCCGCAAUAUGCUCACUUCUCCAGGUAGUUUCGCGGAGACGCAGCACGGCGAGGUUACUUUCCCAGAGAUUAGUACUCCAAUUCUGGAGAAGAUCUGCCAAUAUUUCUAUUGGUCGCUUCAAUUUGCCAGGUACCUGUUCAUCAUCUUCUUAUUUUUCAUAAUUUUCUUUCUGAACUGCAAUUUCAUAUACCUUAAAAUUAACUAGACCUGGAGACUGGUU